AUGACAAUUCAUUCCUUUCUGAGUGAUGGACGAAACCAAAAGACUAAAUCCAAACUCAUGAAUCGACCGGGACAUAUGAAGCUCGAGAAUGCAUGGCGCUUUGUCGAGUACAUCAUUCUGGAUGAAAUGUCAAUGGUUGGACUUAGUCUAUUGGCUCGAUUAAACAAGCUUGUUGCAACGGCAAAACACUGCGAUCCUAUGACAGCGAUGGGUGGUAUCAACAUCAUCUUCUUCGGUGACUACAAUCAAAACUCACCUGUGUUCGAUAAACCUCUGUACCAUGACUUUGUGGAAACGACGAACGGUAAUGUGAGAAACAAUACGAAACUACCUUCUGAAAAUGAAAUUCAGCAAAGAAGUGCUCGAGCAUUGACUCUACAGAUUAAUUGUGUUGUUGUGCUUGAACAACAAAUGAGAACAAACGAUUUGGCUUACCAACUAUUAUUGAAUAGAGUGCGCAAUGGUGAAGGCACAAGUGAAGACUGGCUUUUGCUUCGAACACGCGUUAUUGGCUUAGGACUGCGCAUAUCUCUCAAUGAUCCGCCAUGGAACGAGGUACAUUAA